UGUAGCGUCGCGAUGUUGCUACCGCUGCUGUUGCUCGCACUCACCACUCGUUUGCACGCGCAUCUCAAUUUUUUUCUCACCCACGAGGAAGUUCUGAAGUUAUUAGGGAUUAACACUGAUUUGUUCUACAUUGAAAAAGGCGUCAUCAACAAUUAUGCCCUGACCUUCACUGUAUUGAUACCGGCGCAUGUAUCCAAUAUAUUUUUCUCGUGGCAGAGUCUCACCAACUAUUCGUUGCCGUAUGUACUAGCGGUGAACUACGAAGGGGGAGAGGCCCUGCUGCCGCCCGAGAUGAAUAUUUCAGCAAGUGGUGUGAUUCCAACAUCUGUUCAGACAUUUAGAAUCACACUGAUGUGCACAGGACUAAAAACUGCCGAGAUCUCCAUUCAAGUGCAACUUAAUGUCAGCCUCUAUAACGGUUUCAAUACCACGUCCUUGAGUUUCAAGAGGAAUAAAGUCUGUCUUCAAGGCAUCGGGAACACGUACCGGAACGACUCCAUACGUCUGGACCCGGAGUCGUUGGGCAACGCGACGGGGUCCUUGUAUGUGGCUGUGGCAUGUGCCAUUGGUAUGAUUAGCCUUGUGGUGGCCACGACAUCAGCUGUUUGCAUUAAAAACAAGAAGGUCCGGUCGCAGGAAGCCCAUUAUAUGACAGCAAUAUACGACAAUAACCAGCAUGUGUUUCUGCGUUUGGGUUCGGCGUUGGGCAGAGCUUCCAGCGCUGGUAGUGGAAGCUACGCCACCAUAGCUAGCAUCCAAAAAUCACCCCCGUCUCCAUCACCGUAUGCCACCAGCGACGCAUGCCGUGUCUCCUACUAUGCGUCAUCGCAGAUAAUGCUAAUGACACAGAGACCUCUAGUUGAUCCACGCUUAAUUGACCCCACAAAACGACUACGCGCUCUGUUGGUACCCGUUGGAACUGUUAUACUUAAAAGCGUCGUUAAAGAAGGAAUCUUCGGCAGGAUUUAUUUGGCACAAUUCGGACAACAGGAGACAGUUACCGUUAAAGCCAUCAAAGAAACUGCUUCCAAGAGGCAACUCAAUCUAUUUUUGUCAGAAGGCACUAUGAUGUUUGGAAUGGACCACAAGAACGUUUUGAAAAUUAUAGGCGUGAACAUGGAUAAUCCGAAACAACCUUUACUAAUAUUCCCAUGCAUGAAUUUAGGUAACUUGAAGAGGUUUUUGAUCAAAUGUAGACAAAAGGAUGAGACUCACUACACUUUGUCCACCCAGAAUUUGGUGGACAUGGCUAUACAAAUACUGUUGGGUUUGAUGUAUCUUCACAGUCAAUGUGUUUGUUAUAAGGAUUUGGCAACAAGGAAUUGCGUACUGGAUGAAAAACUUCAAGUGAAGAUCGCCGACAAUUGUUUAUCUAGGGAUCUCUUCCCCAACGAUUACUUUUGUUUGGCCGACAACGAAAGCCGACCAGUCAAAUGGUUAGCUUUGGAAAGCUUGCUCCACAAACAAUAUUCAGUCGGUUCAGACGUCUGGUCUUUCGGCGUGGUUCUUUGGGAACUCACCACGUUGGCUCAACAACCCUUCCCAGAGAUCGACCCGUUCGAAAUGGGGUCGUAUUUGCGGAACGGCUAUCGAUUAGCACAACCAUUGGGAUGUCCUGAUGAAUUAUUUACUGUGAUGAGUUAUUGCUGGUUGGCGAAUCCGACGGAGCGACCUCAAUUGCCGCAACUGUUGGCUUUUCUUCAGGAUUUUUACACUGCUCUUUGCAGAUUCAUUUAAGUAUACGCGUACAAUUCCUAGUCGGAAAUUUAUGUCAAAACUUUUAGUGAAAGUACGAAUUUCAUAUAAAAAUAUUAAAAUUCAACACAGGUAUUAAAGUAAAUACAUUCCAAAUGUAGUGAAUGGCACAAAAUUGCAGUAUUAUUUAAAUAAGAUGAUUUUUAUUAUACCUACUGAUAUUUUUGUAAAUGUGAGAGACUGAUCUUAUAGGUAAAACUAGUCAAAGAAACAUAUUUUUAUAAAACUAGUGUCACCAAAUAAUAUUGUGAUGGAUGUUUCGCAGUAAAACUAUUAUAAAACAAACUGAGUCUAUUGCAAAAUAUCCCGAUUGUUGAGUUUAUUGUUUGGUGACAACUACUUGCAUCAUGAAUAGUCCCCCAAAAUCAAAAGAAGAGUUUAAUCAAGGUGGAUCUUUCGUGGUUAAAUAUUGGCUCUAAUAACUUCUAUUAUAUGGACGAUAUAAUAGAGUAAAUGUAAUACAGGUUCCUAAGGAUCUAGUAUACCAAGUAAUUAUAUAUAUAUAUAUAAAUAUAAAUGUAUUGUUGUAUUCUAUACAGACUGUUACUAUAUUGUUCAAAUAUCUACCACCUAUUUUAAGCCUGUUUUAUGAAUUUCUUUAUUAACCUAAUUGUAAGUAGAUCUGAAUCAAACAAACAAUAAACAUUAAUUAUAUUUUAACGUCAAAAUUAUACUGUGUUUAAUUAAGAAUUUGAUGUUACUGAUGACAGUCUGUAUUGCUAGUUGUUGCAUGUCAAGAAUUUUUUCUUUAAUGUUUAUUUAAGCGUUAUUUCAAUCCGAAAUUUGGUACACAGGGUUAAUCUAUUAUAUAAAAGAAAAUUAAAUGUUUAUUAGAAUAGAAAUAGAAAUAUGGGAUCAACUAUGAUAACUAAUGUAAUUGUUACUCUCUCAAUUUUAUUAGUCUAAUGACAUUUGGAUGGAAUAUUACUAGGGUAAAUAUUUUCAGUGGAUAAAUGUGUUACUACUACUGCCAUUUAUUAUAGGCUUUAUAUAUUUUGUAGUACUGGAAUCUAUAUAAUUAUUAUAUAUCAAACAAUUCAAAAUAUGUAUAUGGAUUAUGUGUUAAAAAAAUGUAUGUAAAGACAUUUUGAUAAAGAGUCUUAAAACCCGAAAGUUUCAUUUGAGUAAAACACCUGUACUCAAACAAGAAUUGUGUAAAUGUGACGUUUGAUGUGCUUUAUUAUUUAUACAAUUAAUAUAAUUAUAUAUGUAUGUUUAUAUAUUAUUAAUAAUAAAUGUUAUUAAAAGCUGUAACUGGUCUUUACUUAAAACAACAAAAUCCAGAAAAAAAAAUAGUCCAACUUGAUUAACAAUAAAAACUGAUAGUUGAUAUCUACAAGUGUCUAUUGUAAAAUACUAUAAUAAAUCAAAUAAUAGCCUUCAACUCAUUCUAGAAUUUGAAAACCACUCCUGGAUAUUUCUCCUGCCUGGUAAAAGGUCAACGCACACUUCUUGGCUAUUUAAUCUUGAAAUACUUCUCCAGUACUACUAAAAUAACAAAAUCCAGACUAAAAAUAGUCCAACUUGGUUAAUAAUAAAAAGUUAUGGGUGAUAUCUUCAAGUAUCUAUAAUAAAACACUAUAAUAAAACAAAUAAUAGCCUUCAACUCAUUCUAGAAUUU